GCCCGACCUGCUGAGUUCAUCCAGCUUUUGUACAUGUUGAUUUGACCACAGCAUCAGCAGUAUACUUAGUGUGAAUCACACCUGUCUGCUGUUUACAUUGAUAAAGCAAUUUGCAGCUGCUCUUUUAAAUGUUAGUUGUGCUUCAGUUAGGAGCAGUUUUUGAAUGCUGUCUUGUAAGAUUUUACAAACUAAACGGUCUCUCAGUGUAUCAUUAAGCCCAUUACCAAACUGACAAUGCUGAGACAAUCUCUUCAUUUCAAUCACAUACGCUGAAAUGAAUGCCCUUUCCAUAUGAAAUGUAGUGCAUUCUGCAAUCAACAAUGUUGUUGGUUCUAAAUGCUUCUGCUUUAAUUUCACGAUAUCAGCAAAGCUUAUUUCUGCCAGUUUGGUUGGAGCAGUCAAACUCAUAAGCAAACAUUUCCUUUAAAUCCAGUGCACUCAGUAAAAUUGACACUUGCUUCUCAUCAGCUAUUCCAUUUGUUUUAAAAUACUGUUCAAUUUUCUCUGUAUAUAAAAUCCAGUUAUCCACUAUGUAAUCAAACAUUUCUAUCUUUUGGGUGUGGCCAGCCAUUUCUGCUCUUUGUUUUGUGAUUAUUCUCACUUGUUACUCACUGUUUAUGAAUCUGUGAAUUCUUCCAUUUUAAUGUGUUUUUUAAACUUGGUAUGGUUCAAAGAACAGAUGCUGCACUGCUUUUUUUAAAACUGGUAUGUCUCACUGUGCUUCAACAAGUCAGUAGUCACUCAAGUUCAUUUUAAAAAAUUACUUCAUGUUAUGAUUUGUAACUCCCAAAACAGUAAACCAAUUAAAAGGAAAAGACAGAGUCACGUGCUUUACAUAUAACUCAUAAUUACUGAAAUGAACAAAAAUGAUUAAUCAAACAACAUGUAUAUACAAGAUUACUCAAAUAUUACUGAAAUGUUAAUUACACAACAGACUCAAUUCUGCUACUGCGUCUUAUGGUCUAAUUCCUUUCUUGACACACUGAGUUCGUCCAGUAGAUUGUUUGUUGUUUCAGGUUCCACUAUCCGCAGACUUUUGUGUCUCCAGGCUGAUACAGGCUGUAUCUUUAUCUGUAUCUUUACUGUAUCCUUACUGAUACAAGCUGAAGCAACAAUGGUUUACUGUAGAUCAUUUUGAAAUGUAUCAAUCAAUCAUGCAAAUAUUGCUAUUUGUAAAUUAAGGUGUUAGGCUUGGCUUGGUAUUCUAUCAGGUUUUAAUACCCAUGAACUAUUCAGCCAUAUGACAAUUUAGAAGUGAUAAAUACUGGGAGCAGAUAUCGGGGGAGAAUUUUCUUCAGUUCAUUUAUUAUCUGAUCUGAAGUCAUAUGAGUGGAUUGUCUGCUUUCCAUUGUGUAUAAUCUCACAAAGCCGGAGUAGAGGAUGAUGUAGGUUUUUAACAUCAGAGGGAUGGCAAAGAAAAGCUUUCUUCCAUUUUACACACUUUGGGAGGGCUGUUCACAAUCAUGUACUUCUAUUGCUACAGCAGUGAUUUGCUCUUCCUCAUUAUUGGUAAUGAACAACAAUGCAAUCUGUUUCCUUUUAGCCUUUCAAUGGAUUUUACUUUUAUACAGGCUUUUAUAAACUGUGCAGUAAAGCUAGCCUUGUUCUUUCUAUUGCAAUAUGAGUUUUUCUUGAAGUUUAGCAAUAAAUCUGAGAAGAUAUAUUUGAAAUGCUUGAUCAGAAUUGAUUUGUUAUUUGCAUGGUUUUCUAACAUCAAGGUUUGCUUCUACAUUAAGCUCUUGGAGCAUUGUUGAAGAAUGAUGUAAUGCCAUAAUGGCAAUGAAAAAGAAACAGCAUAGACUGCUAGAGUGCUGUCUGCAGAAGGACUGUCACAAUUCAAGAACGCAGGUCAAAAUCUCUGCUCAAGUAAUUAGGGAUUGGAAUUAAAAUUUCACGUAUGAACAAAACCUCAAGAUUCACUGGUUACAAAGAGAAACAUAAUUUUGGGGAUUCACUGGUACUGAGAAGAUUGAAGAAGACUUAGUGCUCUUUAAGAACAUUAUUAAGUGGUAUUUUGAUUAUUUCCUCACUCAGUGGAAGUUAUAGCAAGUUUGUUGCAAGUUAAGAUAAACACAAGAAAGCAGUUCAUGAGUUUGAAGUAUACAGUUGUCCCCCGUUUUUCGAACGUUCGCUUUACGUCAACUCGCUGUUACGAAAGACCUACAUUAGUUACCUGUUUUUGCUAACAGAAGGUGUUUUCACUGUUAUGAAAAAAGGCAGCACGCACUCCAAGCAGCCGAGUUCCUCCCCUGGAACUUCAUUCUAGCCGGCAUUGCUUAAACACGUGCCUGUGAGCAUCUGUGCUUUAUGUGGAUUUAUUUUGUGCAUCCGUUAGUAAGAUGAGUCCUAAGGUAUCAGAAAAGCCUAAAAGAACGCAUAAGGGUGUUACACUUAGAGUAAAACUAGACAUAAUUAAGCAUUUCGAUCAUGGUGAACAAAAUAACGAAGAUGAUGUUGAAGAGGUUUUGGCAUCCCAUGAUCAAGAACUAAGAGAUGAAGAGCUGAUGAAGAGGAAAGGAUAAUAAUUGAAGUCGAAUGCAGUAGCGAACGGCACAAAAGUGAAGUCGUCCAGGAACUGAACGUGAAGCAAUUGCGUGAGAUUUUCGCUGCGAUUGACAAUGCUGCAAUGAUUGCAGAAAAGUAUGACUUUAAUUUUGAAAGGGUACGUAGGUUUAGGGCAUAUUUGCAGGAUGGUUUGAGUGUUUACAAAGAACUGUAUGAUAGAAAAAUGCGCCAGGCUAAGCAGUCAAGCAUACUGUCGGUUUUCAAGCCUUCCACACCAGCCACAGCAGAUGACGAACCUUGACCUUCGACAUUGAGGCAAGCAGACAUAGAAGAAGGUGACCUGCCUGCCCUGAUGGAAACAGACAAUGAUGACACCCCAGUCUCCUCUAUCUCCCACCACCCCAACCUCCGACGACUCAGCCUAACGCACCAUCAUCAAUGUGCUCGCUGUCUUCCCGAUUCCAUUUUAUAAGUUCAUUAGGAGUUGGGUAUAUGAUGAUCUGCUCUGAAAAUUAUCCAAACGUGCUCGCUUUUUGUUUCCUGGAUGAACUGCAACGAGAAUUCAUUACUUUAUAUGAUACAAUGAGGAUUAACACGGCUGUCAGACCAUACUCCUUCAUCGAAUUUGAUAAUUUUAUCCAGAAAACCAAGCAGAGGUUUAACAACCCCCGGUCUUUGUCUACGAAGAUAAACCUUGCUGACAUGCAGACUGAGAUCAAAUUGAGGCCAGCCCAUCAGCUUACAGUAUAUGAUCUUGGAGCAACAAAUGGAAGCUUACAACCACGUUCUUCCCCCCACAAGGGGAUAGCUCCCAAUCAGCGACUGGAACCAGUGAAGCUGCCAGGAGUUAUAUCUUGUUUACUAAGUCUGCUUUGUGCAGCUUUAAAUCUAAUCCGUGGAUUUCAUGCAGUGGAAAAUUUAUUUCAGGACGAUGAGGAGGAACUGAAUACUGCUGCUGUAUUUUUCAUUGGAACUGCUGCAAGUUUGUAUCAGUGUUACUUGUUAGCAUGCUACAGUGGACAGAGGAAUUUGAAAUCAUUCCUGAUGUUUGGCGUCAUUUGUCUCUGUAACCUCUAUCUGCAUGAACAUCGUAAUAUUUGGCAGAUUCUGUUUCAUGUGGCAGUGGCUGCAUUUUCAACUCUGCAGACAUGGAUGAGACAACCACAAGGAAAGGCCCCCGACUACAAUGUCUGAGUGUCGGAGUACGGAGAAUAGUUCCGUGUAAAGCACAGAAUGACCUGGGGUAUAGAGCCUGAAGUGAAAGAUUCAUGUCCAUUAUGGGCCAAAUGAUGAAACUUAUUUGACUUCCUUGGAAACACUGUGGCACAAUGCUGACACUCGAAGCUACUAAUCAAGGUUGUGAAGAUGAAUUCCUGCAGUUAGGUCCUUAUUGCUGCAAUGUAUGGGGUACUUAUUUGGGCACUAGACAUGAGGCUGGAAAAUCCCUUGUUAGUGUUCUAUUUGGAUUCAAUUAAUAUGAGAUUGUUUGUCAAAUUUUUGUUUAAAGUUUAUUUCUCUUUGGUUCAAAAGGCAACUAUUUGUAUUUUGUAUCACAUACUAUUUCUAUCACAUACAGUGAAAUCACAAGGCUCUGCUUUUAUGUUCAACUUCAGAGACUUGACCACUUAAUUUGAAUUGACACUCCCAAUACAGGACUGAGGAGAUACUGUACUACCUAAGAUGCGCUGCUCAAUUGAGUGUUCACAUGAGAUUCAUGUCACCAUCUGGAUGGAAAUUGAAAUUCUCCUCCUAUUUCUCGUUAGUAUUUACAUUUCAUCAAGUACUUUUUAACCAUAAAAUACUUUACUUGGUCAUUUAUUAUGCAGAAAUUUGCUCUGUUUCCUGCAUUACAAUAGCAGCUGCAUUUUUUUACCCCAAAGUAUUUAAUUGGUUUUCAAACUUUCAAGCAGCCUGCAAUUACAAAGUAUAAAAACAGGAACUGCUGGACAGUUCAGUAAUUCAGGUUCAAGUUCAAGUUUAUUUAUUGUCAUCUGCCUAUACAUAACAACGUUCCUCUAGACCACAGUACACCCACAAUACAUAAAUCAUACACAGCACAUAAACCAAAAUAUUAUACCAUAAAUAAGUUAAUAAAAUAUAGUUCAAAAUGAAUGUAGUGAAGUGCAACACAGGUAAACAGUACAGAAAACAGAUCAAACACGAGGAAAUCUGUGGUCCUGAUGAAGGGUCUCGGCCCGAAAUGUCGAUAGUGCUUCUCCCCAUAGAUGCUGCCUGGCCUGCUGCGUUCCACCAGCAUUUUGUGUGUGUUGCAGAAAACGGAUCUAGUGAAGAGAGCAUGGUGGUGCCAGGGUAUUCAUAAAUCUUGCAACCAGAGGGAAGAAAAUGUUACCCAGUCUAGAAGUGCUGGACUUGAUGCAGAAGGGGAGAGUUGCUUCUGUGUUCUUUGAACACAGAACGAUACAGCACAGUAACAGGAAAUUCAGCCUACAAUGUUCUGCCAAACCAGCUAAAAAGCAAGUCAGAAGCACUGAUACACUAAUCCCUCCUACCUACAUCAUGUCCAUAUCCCUCCAUCUUCCAAACAUCCAUGUGCCUAUCCAAACGUGUCUUAAAAGCCUCUAAUGUAUUUGCCUCUACCACCAUACCAGGCAGUGCAUUCCAGGCAUCCAUCACUCUGAGUAAAAAAACUUGCCCCUCACAUCUCCCUUGAACCUACACCCUCUCACCUUCAAUGCAACCCUGGGAAACAAAUACUCUCUGUCCACUCUAUCUAUGCCUCUCAUAAUCUUGUAAACCUCUAUCAGAUCUCCCUUCAGUCUCUGGUGCUUGAGAGAAAACAACCCAAGUUUAUCCAGCCUCUUAUGAUAGCACAUGCUCUCUAAACCAGACAACAUCCUGGUAAACCUCUCUGCACCCUCUCCAAAGACUCAACAUUCUUUCUACAGUGGGACAAUCAGAACUGUACACAAUACUCCAUCAUGUGUGGCCGCACCAGAGUUUUAUAAAGUUCCAACAUAACCACCUGACUUUUGAACUCAGUGCCUUGACUAAUAAAAGCAAGCAUUCCAUAAGCUUUCUCAACCACCUUAUCCACCUGUGUAGCCACAGUCAAGGAGCUAUGAAGUUGGAUCCCGAGAUCUUCUCUGCUGAGCAACAUCAUUAAAGAUCUUGCCCUUAACUGUGUCCUUGCAUUUGCCCUAACAAGGUGCAACACCUCACACUUAUCUGUCUUGGAUUCCAUCUACCAUUUCUCAGUCUGUAUCUGCAAUGGUCUGUGUCAUGCUGUAUUAUUUGCCAGUCUUCUACACUAUCCACAACUCCACCAAUCUUGGUAUCAUCCCCAGAUUUACUAACCCACCAUCUAUAUUUUCGUCCAGUUCACUUAAAUACAUCACAAACAGCAGAGGUCCCAGCACAGACCCCUUUGGAACUCCACAAAUUUCAGACCCCAGCUCAAAUAAAUCCCUUCAACCAUUAUUCUGUCUUCCAUGCACAAGUCACGUGCCGGUGAUAAUAAACCUGAUUCUGACAGCCAAGUCACCAGAGACCCUAUGCAUAUUAAUCUUGGAGAGGAUACUGAUAAUGAUGAAAGGCCCAGCAAUCUCUUUGCGUAUCUCCUUCAAUAACCUGGGCUAUAGUUUGAUCUGAAACAUUAACUAUUUCUACCAAUGCUGCCUUUUGUGCUGAAUGUUUCCAGUAUAUUUUUACUUCUAUUUCAGAUUUCCUGCAUUUAGUUUUUACAGUUUUCAUUUUAAUCUGCCUAUUUCCAUCCACCUGCACCCAGACAAUGGCCCUUCAUACCCCUUCCAUACAAGUACUCUCUUAAAUGUAACAUUUAACAAGCUUCUCUUAAAUGUCAAAAUCAAAACCACAUCCACCUCUUGCGCUGGCAGCAUGUUCUAUGCUUUCACCACCUUCUGAAUGAAGAUGUUCCUCCUUAUGUUCCCCCUUAAACAUUUCACCCUUAACCCAUGACCUCUAGUUCUAGUCUCACUCAAUCUCAUUGGGAAAAGCCUGCUUGUAUUUACCCUAUUUACACCCCUCAUCUCUUAAAUUUUCCUAAGAUAUUACUUUCUCAUUUAAAAUUUUCUCCCCUUCCUCUUUUCUCCCAAAUCCCAAAUUGAACUGUUGCUAGCCAUAAAAGAAAUCACGGGAAGAACUUAGCAGGUCAGACAACAUCCAUGGAAGCAGAGGGGUGGUUAAUGCUUUGCAUCUCAACGGUUGCCACUUUUGCAUUUUGCAACAAAAAUGCAGAAAAGCUGCAAAUAUUUAGCAAUUAUGCAGUAUCUAUGGAGAGAAAAUUUGUAUUAAUGUUCAAAACGCUAAUUUUAAUUGAGGUUCAGGUUCUUUUCCAUAGAUGCUGCCUGGCGUGAGAUUUCUAGCAUCAAUCUUCAUUUCAGAUUUUCCAGCAUUUGCAGUGUUUUGGGCCUUUACUAACUAACUAUAAAGGAAGCUGAAUACAAGUCUUUACUGUGCCUCAUCGAUAAUAUUUAAAACUGACACAGUAGGGAUUAGUUGUUUUGUAACUAUGCCUGUGCCUGGGAAUUCCAAUUUGUGAGAGAAUGCAAGAGUGAAUUUUCUUGCUUCCAGGCCAUACUUCAGUGUCACACUGCUGCCUUUUGGGAUCUGAAUGUUUUCCUAUUUAGGUUUCCAUAAUUGAGUAUUUAUUUUAUGAGAAUUGUAACAUGCUAAUAUCUAUAUACAUUCAUGUGACUGUGUUACAACAUUUUGUAGGAAAUUGGUAAGAAAUAAAAUACGUAAUGCAUAUAUUUAGAGAAUUGAGCAAGCCCACAUGGUUUCCACCAAUACAAA